AUGGCAGCAGCAGAAUUCUAUACAGGCACAUUCAGUCCGCCACCUCAACAGCAGAACUACACUCCACCGCAGAACGUAUAUCCGCCGCAACAAUCGGGCGCACCUCCCCCAUACCAAACUUACAACUCGAGUCCUCAAAAGCCACAAGUACACUUUGCGCCAACACCAGGGCCGCAUGGUCACAACAGGCCAGGCUCGAGCGGCGGCCAACCCCCAAAUCCACAAUACACACCCGCCUACGCGCAGCAACCACAAUACCAGCAGCCAGGGCCCUAUGCCAGCCCACAACCGCAACAAUACGCGCACAACUACUCGCAGCCAAACUACCCCAACAGCGGCCAGCUGCAGCCAUACGCCCCGCAACGCCACCACUCGUACGACAGCGCCAUAGCCUCAGGCUACUCUUCCGAUCCAGAAAGACACCACCGUCGCCACCACAAGAAACACGACUCGCGUUCCCGUUCCCGCUCGAGAUCUCGCGACACAAAUCGGCCCCGCAGGACCAGCGAGACCUCGCGAUCGACGAACGCUGAUGGAUUCAUAGGCGCAGCGGGCGGCGGCUUGAUCGGUGAUCUCAUCUUUCCUGGUUUGGGAACGGUAGGAGGAGCACUUGCGGGUUGGCUGGGUGGGAAGAAGUACGGGAAGGAGAGAAAGGGAAGGGAAGACAGGAGGGACAAGACACAGUAUGAUUGGGAGGAUCGGUUCAAUAAGCCACAUCGGCGGGACCUCGAUGUGCCGUAUGGUGAUGAGAAGCCGACUGUGGACUAUGGGCGGAGGAGGAGCUAUGAUGAUCGGGACCGGGAUCGGAGGCGGGAGAAGAAGUACUACACGUAG